CACGUUGGCUCAUAUCAACGACCCCUACUACACAGAUUCAGUUUGCCUAAGUUUGUCUCUACUAUUAUAUGUCACUCAUUACCAUCACUGGCUAUCCUGCUUCUGGAAAAAGCUCCAGAGCAAGGCAACUAAAGGCGUUCCUUCAGGAAAAGGCCAGCGGCUCAAAAGACGUUAUACUGCUCUCAGAAAUGUCCCAUUCGCUAGAUAUCAAGCGAUCAGCCUACGAUAACUCUGCUGCCGAAAAACCAGCUCGCGGCGCACUCCUGACUGCAAUAAUACGACUACUUUCACCAAAUAAUAUCCUCAUUGUCGAUGCCCCCAACUAUAUCAAGGGCUUUCGAUAUCAAAUCUAUUGUGCUGCCAGAGAGAUGAAAGUGAGAGUCGCAACUGUAUAUGUGCUGACACCACAAGAGCAGUGUCGAAACUGGAACAAACUUCGGGAAGGAGAUGAUAAAUAUUCCGAUGAAACCUUGGAAAAUCUCUUCCUACGAUAUGAAGAACCCUCUUCAAUGGUUCGAUGGGACUCACCUCUCUUUACUUUACUGUGGUCCGAUGAGUCAAUAUCACAAUCGACUUUGAAUGCUAUAUGGGAUGCUGUAGAAAAGGGCAAAGUAAAUAACCCCAAUUCAGGAACAGUCGCGACAGCUAAAGCUCCGACAGAUGCACUAGCAGUGCUGGAAAAAACAACGCUCUCGAUUAUGCAACAAAUAUUGUCGUCACAAAACGGGUUUGGGGGUGUUGUAACCCUUUCGCAUACAUCCCCAGUGUCAGGUUCUACACGUCUCAAGCUAAUCCUUCCAUCACGGAAUGUUACACUACCAGAACUUUCCCGACUGAAGCGGCAGUUUGUCACUGCUCAAAAGAAGGCGAUCACACUGGGUACUAUUGAGCGCGGAAGUGUGGACUGGAGCGAGGAAGGUGUAGGCGAAAGGUUUGUUGUUUUCUUAGGAGAACAAUUCCACAGAUAAAAAGGCAGUCCGGCGUGUGUACGAAUCAUCUUGACAUAAUUUCCCGUGACACAGUUUGGAAUGAUAAUACUCAUGCACAAUGUAUCACGACUGUGCAAGCCAUUAACGAUGUGCUAGAUGCCAGUGGAGAUGCUACUUGGACACAAACUUGGAU